AUGCUCGAUGGGCAAAGGAAUAGCACGUUGGCGUGGUUCUGGUCCAUUGAUGUUCAAGGAGAUUCCACCAGCAAUGACUGGAUGAAUGAAUUUUACCGUGUCCAUUGGCUUAGAACGCUGGCACUGUGUGAUAGAUGGGCAGAGGAGCUCCUGCUGGUCGGUCGGGAAAUGAUAUGGACGGUUGAUUUUUUUCUUCACAAAUCACAACGAUGGGUCGGCCGAAUGCAAGAGGCCGAUGCAAACCAGAAGGUCGGUCAUCGGUGCUAUGCGGCUCGCCAGGCUCGAAUUUAUCUCCGACUCUCGCAGCAAGCCCAAGAUAGCUUUGAAAGGACAAAGGGGAUGGCGAGGGUGGCAGAGUGA